UAGCGCAGUGUAGAGAUUCCCUGAUUACAUUGCAAGCACUGCCCUCUAGUGGUCUCUAAGCAGAUAGCGCAGUGUAGAGAUUCCCUGAUUACAUUGCAAGCACUGCCCUCUAGUGGUUUCUAAGCAGAUAGCGCAGUGUAGAGAUUCCCUGAUUACAUUGCAAGCACUCCCCUCACCCCUGAGCCCUGCCUGGAUCUCGGCAACGCCCCGUCCUGGCAGGUAUGGGAGUGACGGUGGGGCCUGCGCUGCUCUGGCUGCAGGACGCCCUGACCCAGUCCCUGAGCCGGGCCCGUCGCACCCUCCUGCAGGCGGCCGUGCUGCUGUGUGUGCUGGUGCUGCUGCUCUGGGGCUCCAUCUUCCUCUACGGCAGCUUCUACUACUCCUACAUGCCCACGGUGAGCCACGAGAGCCCGGUCCACUACUCCUACAGGACAGACUGUGACUCCUCCAGCGUGGGUCUCUGCUCCUUCCCGUCCGCCAACGUCUCCCUGAUCAAGAACGGACGAGACAAGGUGAUGGUCUAUGGCCAGCCCUAUCGGAUCUCCCUGGAGAUGGAAAUGCCGGAGUCUCCUGUGAAUCAGGAGCUGGGAAUGUUCCUGAUCCAAAUGUCCUGCUACACCCACGGGGGCCGGACCAUCUCCACCACGACCCGCUCCGCUAUGCUUCAUUACAAGUCCUCGUUGCUCCAGUCUCUCGACACGCUCGUGUUCUCUCCUCUCCUCCUGAUGCUUCAUUACAGGUCCGGAUACUAUGUUCCCACAGUCGGAGCCGUGAUUGAGAUUCAGUCUCGUCGGGCUCAGCUCUACGCAGCCCGGCUCCGAAUUCACGCACACUUCACUGGGAUCAGGUAUCUCCUCUAUAACUUCCCUGUGACUUCAGCAGUGAUCGGAGUUGCCAGUAACUUUGCCUUCCUGAGUGUCAUCGUGCUGUUCAGCUAUCUGCAGUUCAUCUGGGGCGGGGUCUGGCCUCAGGAUCCAAUCGGAGUGCAGGUGAAUCUGGGUCCCGGGACUCUCCUACAGCAGAGGAGGGAGGAGGCGAGGCAGCGGAUUGGAGCACAGAGAGCUCCGGCUCCCGCCCCCGAGACCACGGGAUUGGCUAGCACAGGUGAUGAUGUCACCACAGAAAGACCAGCGCGGGGGAAAGAGGAACUGGAGGCUGAGGGGGAGGAGCCUGCUGAGGGGGAGGAGCCUCUGGAGACCAUUGGCUCUCUGAAUGAAGAGGCGGACUUGCCAUAUAAUGAGAGCGACUCCUCGGCUCUUGAUCCAUCGACAGAGGAGGCGCCCGUCCUUCUGGACGCGAGCUCAUUGGAGGAGGAGGAGGAGGGGGGGCGUGGGGGCGUGGCUGAGGCUGCUACCAUGGAGACGGGGCUGAGACAGCGUCACGGAGGCUGCAUGAGCUUCUAAACUGGAGAGGAUCCACAAGCCUCUCAGACUUUGAAUAGAAGAGUUUAAAAAAUGAUUCCUUGCCUCCUUAUAAGAACUAGCAAUAUAGCACCCUAGAGUGAGUCUUUAAAACCCAUUCUCUCACCUCUUAUCAGCUUUAUUAACAAGAUCGCUGCCCAAUAAAACCCAUUCUCUC